GUGCAUCCUUUUGGGCAAUAUGCGGCGACAGGCUGUCAAACGGAAAAACUGAAAAUAUCCAAAAUUCAGUCUACAGAAAACGCGUACGUGGUGCAGAAGUAGCCGCGCGUGGCCACCACAACGGCGUGCUAGACUUGUCGGUAUGAUAAAUAAGUGAAACGCCCUGUACAAGUUCUUAAUAUCAUCCAAAAUGGCCGCAUCCAUAUAUGCCACCCCACCGCCGGAUCUGAGCAGCGAGGACACAGCGCUCUCCGAUGUCUCCAACUCAUCCACACUCAACACAAAUCGCGGCGGCGGCAGCAGCAACAACAGCACCAGCAACAACAACAGCAACAACAACAACAACAACAGUCACACAUUGCAGCCACAUGAAGCCACAGCAGCAACAACAACAGCAGCAACAGCAGCGAGCACAACAGCCACAGAAAUGUCACCCACUCAGCAAGCGCACUUGGACACGGAGUCCAAGUCGAAGUUGAGCGCCACGGGAAGCAACACAAAUGAGGCAGACGAAGCUGAUGGCGAGGAGGAGGGCGAGGGCGACGGCGAGGCCGAGGGCGAGGCAGACGGCGUUUUGGAUCAAACGGCAAUGGCCGCAAUGGCCGCGGCCGCAGCAAAUGCAGCAGCCAUGCAGCUGCAGCUGCUGGAGGCGCUCAACGAUGCGGCCAAAAAGCGACGCAAGCAACACAAUCCUAGUCGUCUGGAGGCGCUCAAUCUGAGCGGCGCCGAGACGGACGAGGGGGCCGCCAAAGAUGCCGCAGCGGAGCCAGUGAUCGACUACGAGGAGAAGCUGUCGAAAAUGCUGCUACCCAAGUCCAUCGAGAAGCUGAAGGAGACAUUCGAGCUGCUGCAGCAGCAGAAGCUACAGCCCGAAGACAUAUCAGAAGCGGAGGAGAGGCAGCAACUGGAACAGCAGCAGCAGCAGCAGCUGCAGCGGGAGCGGGAGCAAUCGCCAAUGAAUCCCUAUCAGACCUACUGCAAGCAGUGCGGCGAGAACUUUGAGACAGAGUUCAAGCUCAGCCUGCACAUGCUGCAGGAUCAUCAACAGCAUCAACAGCAGCAGCACCAGCAACAGUUGUCGUCGCAACAGCAGCAACAGUUGGCGGCAGAUGAGCCCAUGGACUUGCUGGCCAACAUUCAAGUUAAACUGGAGCGUGCUGACAGUCCCACGCAGCUGGAGCUGCAGCAGCAGCAACAGCAGCAGCAGCAGCUGGAACUGGCCAAUGGACAUGGCAACAACAAUAAGGAGCACGAGCUCUGGCUGCAGGCCAUGGCACAGCAGCACCAGCAGCAACAACAACAGCAGCAGCAGCAUCAACAGCAGCUGCCGGGCAUGCCGCCCGCCUUUGCAUUUCCGCCGGAGGCCGCAGCGCUGGGCUGGCCACUUUUGGGCAUGCCCGGCUUUGGAGGCGUCGAGGGACUCAAUCGGCCGCCGCUGCGCAUCUUCAAUCCGGAGGCCUAUUGCGAGUUGUGCAACAAGGAGUUCUGCAACAAAUACUUUCUCAAGACGCACAAGGCCAACAAGCAUGGCAUCUUUGAUCCCGCCGGUGACUUGGCCACGCCCAACAACAAUAUCAGCAACAUCAAUAACAACAACAACAGCAGCAACAGCAACAAUAACAACAACAUCAACAGCAUCAACAAUACGAGCAGCAGCAGCAGCUCCACUUCCAUGUUCCAACAGCUGCAAAUGCCGCGCGAGCCGCCGCCGCCGCCGCUGCCGCCGGCAGCACAAAAGCCAGAGCCACAAUUGACGCCACCGGCGCCGCCAGCGGUGCAAUGCGACAUCUGCUCGAAGCGCUUCACCAACGUCUUCGCCAUGCGCCGCCAUCGCGCCAAGCAGCACGAGCAGGCAGCCACGCCCACAGCCUCACCAACGCCCCAAGCGACGCGACGCGGCAGCCCCAACGAGCAGCCACAGCCUGCCCAGCUGCCAGCCCCAGUGCAGCAGGUCAAGCAGGAGCCCAUGGCGGAUGCCGAGCAGAAGCCCUAUCAACUGCCCGAAGGCUUUCGCGAGGACUUCACUCUAGAGCAGGAGGAGCUGGCCUUUGCGCCGCCGCCGCGCAAGCUGCCGGCCCAGCUGCAGCAACAGGCGCGCGACGCCAGCUGUGCGCCGGAGAAGCUGCGGCGGCUGGGCGUCCAGCUGCCGGAGGCAUUCUGUGAGCUGUGCUGCAAGGAGUACGCCAAUCGUUACUUUCUGCGCACGCACAAAUGGAAGCGUCAUGGCGUCUUUGUGCCGCCCGAGGAUCUGGGCAAGGAGGAGCAGCAGCCGGUCAUGCCCGCCGGCUGGCCAUUCAUGCCGCUCAAUCUGAUGCUGCCCAAGGCAGCCGCCGAGCAGGAACAGCAGCCCGACCAGGAGCAACAAGUCGACGACGAGCAGCAGCAGCAGCUGGAGGAGCAGCCACACAAGCGCAUCAAACUGGAGCCCUACGAUGAGUCGACGCCGCCGGAAAAGCUGGACAGCUCUGCGAUGGGCCUGCAGAAUCUGCAGAAGCUGCAGUCGAUGCUGCAGCAGCUCAAUGAUUUCAAUGGCAAGCGACCGCUGCCGUGCCACCUGUGCGGCCGGGAGCUGGAGCAUCAGUAUGCGCUGCGUGCCCAUCUCAUGACCGAGCAUGCUGGCCAGCUGCUGCCCGAGGGCCAUCCCAUGCUCUACCAGCAACAGCAGCAGCCGCAGCAGCCACAGUUGCCGCUCAAGUUGUCGCCUUUGGGCGGCGGAGGCGGCGGUUCGCCCGGGGCUGCGGUCACGCCCACGUCGACGGCGAAUGAGCUGCGCUGCCAGCAGUGCGAGCGCGAGUUUGCCACACAACAGGAAUUCAAGCAACAUAUCGCCGAGGUGCAUCUGGGCCGCAUACCCGGCACCAGUCCGCUGCGCGAAGGCUUCUACACGCCGGAGCGUGCCACGGUGCCGGCUGCCGGCGGCGCUGCCGCUGUGCCGCCGCGUGCCGCCUACACCAUAACGCCGACGUCCAGCUAUUGCGAGAUCUGCAACAAGGAGCUGUGCAACAAGUACUUCAUGAAGACGCACAUGCAGCGCAUGCACGGCAUUGAGAUCGAGAAUGGCGCCCAAAUCGGCGGCGUCGUCUGCAACAUAUGCAACAAGGAGCUGUGCAGCAAGUACUUUCUGCGCGUGCACAAGCACAACACGCACGGCAUCAUCGAGGAUGGGGCACCAUUGCCCCAGCCGCGUGGCAGCGCCCAGAACGGACUCAAGGCCGAGGCACAGCAGCAACAGCAGCAGCAGCAACAGCAACAACAACAGCAGCAGCUGGUUCUGGAGCCGGAGAUCAAUUUGACGCCGAUUGGCGGCGACUCCGGCGCCGGCAACGAGCUGUGCCCGUUGUGCGCCCGCCAGUUCCGCAGCGCCAAGUGGCUGCGCACGCAUCUGAUGAACGAACACGGCGCCGCGGGCAUCGAGAAGCUGCGCGACCUGGAACAGUCGCCACAGAGCGGCGCCGGCAGCAAGCCGAACAGUCCCACGCUCAAGAUACCCAAUGGGAAUCCCGCUGGCGCCGUCGCCGGCGUCAGUCCGGCCAACAAUCUGGCUCAGGCGCUGCAGAAUGCGCAACAGCAGCUGUUUGGCCAGAUGCAGCUGCCCAAGGGAAUGCCGCUGCCGCUGCCGUUGCCGGGCAUGUUCGAGCAGACGCCACGCUUCAAGGAAUACCAGUGCUCGCUCUGCCCCUUCACCACGCCCUACUAUGCAUUCCUCUUCAUACACGAGCGCUCGCAUGCGCUGCUCAACAAUGGAGGCGACGGGGAGACGCAUGUCGCCGCCGAGGCGGAGCCGCCGCGCAACGAACGGGACAGAUCCUUUGCCUUGGUGCAGGGCAAGGCCAGGACCAAGCCGAGCCGCGAGAGAGCCGACCGAGCCGAUGUGGAGCACAUCGAGCCCACGAAUCUGACCACCACCAACAACAGCAGCAACAGCAGCAGCAGCCACAGCAAUGCGAAGGCUGCCACGCCCACACCCACGCCCACAACGAUACACUCACCAGGCACAAUUGCUGCCUCGCCGAAAGCACGUUCCGCAACCGUGACACCCACGCCAGGACGACGCAGCACCAUCAACUCCAAGCCCGGCACGCCCAACGGCAUCAACGCCCAACGCUCGGCGGCCACCUCGCCGUUUGAGGCGUGCAGCGAUCUGGCCAAUGGCAGCGGCAAGCCGGCCAGCUAUGCGCAGCCGGACAAGUCCGAGGAGGCAUAUCAGAUGCAGGCCUUCCAUUUGACGCCCGCCGACGGCGAUGCGGAGGGUCUGUUUGCGCCCGCCCUUGUCUAUUUGCCGGUGCGCGUGCGCGCCUCGGAGUCGACCACACUGAGCUUCAGGCUGACACCAGCCUAAGCUUGCCCAGAGUUGGCUCCCAGGCACCGAUACACACACAAAUCCAAAACAACACAAGAGUGUUGCCAGCGUAUGUAAGUUAAAGCCCAACCGUUUUGUUUAGAACCAUUUACAACAACAAUAGCACAAUGACACGAGCUUAAAAUGAUGCCCAAUAAUGGGAUUAAUCUGACAGAGCAGGAUAGCGAGAGAAGCUUUUAAAAAAUAUACAAGGAGUGACACACUUUUAAGCUCUAGGCCAAUGAAAGCACAUUUAAUCCAGCUUGAAGCUUAAAUGAGCUUUAAGCUCAAACAUCGAAAAGAAUAUAAAAACUCUUAGCCUAAAGCUCCAAGUGAAAUACAAACAACAAUUGAUUUAGCUUGAAUCUGAAAUGGAGUAACAAACUUUUAAGCUUCAAGCGCUAGACAACAUUUUUUAUAUUUAAUGAAAGCACAAAACAUGCAGCGCGAAAACUUUAUGAGCUUAGAGAACUUCUUGCUUCAUUGAAAGUUUUCUAAUUCUUUAAAAAAGCAAAUUUUCUUGAUGUUUUGGUUAUUUCUCUCAAAGAUUAAUCCACUGAUUAGGUAAUAUAACUAGCAAGUGUCAUUGAGCUUUUAACGAAAGCUACAGCCGGCCACAGUGGUGGCAAGCAGUUAUCGUCCCACUACCCCAGCCCGUUAACCGUUAACCGACAAGAAGACAAGACAAAAUAGUGGAACUACAAAAGACUGAGUGCGCAUAUUAGUUGAGCUCAUUAAAGUAAAGUUUAUAUACAAUAGCUAUAUAGCUACAGCAACUGCAGAUCUGCAGAAUUGCAAAUAUGUGGCAUAUAUAGUGAAAAUUAAUGCGUUUUGUGUUUAACAUGAAACCAACUACAAGAAAAAAACUUGAAUAUCUAUAAUCAAAACAAAUAACAAGUCCGUUUCAGCUGGCAACACUGUGUGCUAAAAACAUAUUUUUUUAUAAAUCCAUAACCAAGAUAACAUGAUAAAAAUCAAAUGAAAACCAAAAAAAAAAGAUAAACAUAAAAAUUGCAUAACAUACCAAACAAUACAUAUAUCUAUAUCUCUAGUGAUUAAUAUCAAAGUUCCUAUGCGUAAUAGUAAUUUUUAAAAGCCAUUAACGUAUCGUAAACGGGAAAGGUACGAGGAGAGGUAACUUAGUCGAAAAAAAGGAAAAUUAAAUACGUACAUAAUACAUAAGUCGCCAGGCAGGAGAGUUGGGAGAGUGGGAGAAAGUGGAAGAAAGUGGGAGGCGUGU